AUGGAAAGAGAAAUCACGUAUCUGAUUUUCGACCAGUCGCCAACCAUGGCGCCAUUUUUGGACGACUGUGUGGAUCUGGCGCUUGAUCUGGUGCUGCGUAGCUUGAUGCGCGGGAAAAAGACUGAUCUGUUUGGAAUCGCAAAGAUCCAUCAUCCUGACACUGAUAACCCAAUGGACAACAUCAGUCCCGGCAAUUGGAAUAACUGCGUGCUGGAAGGGCCCGAGGUGUACGACUGGAACCUGCUGGCAGAGCUCAAGGACAGCGUGAGCAUCUACAACGAGCCCGUGGGCGAUCUGGAGGUGGAUGUGCCGCGUGCUUUGGCGAUUGUGCUCCAGAGAAUCGCCGAAUUGAACCCCAAGGGCACCAAAAAGGAGCGCAAUACCAUCUUCCUGAUGUCUGACAUGGCGAGCGUGACCAAUUGGGGCGAUUUGGGGAUGCUUGUGAGCUCUGCUGCCGCUCAGCACAACGUGCUUAUUGUUUUCGUUCACUGCGUGUCAGAGCAGGUGCUAAACCAAGAACCAGCGCAGUUGGCGCAGAUCGAGGCCAACUUGGAACAGAUCGACUCGUUGCUCGGCAUGUUGCGCCAUAACAAGGGCCGGACCUUGCUGUCGUAUAUUUGUACCUUGGACCAGAUGAAGAACGAGCUUCUCAAGUGGAGAAACGAGCCGGUUCGGUUUUGGAGGCCAGCCCGAAUGUUUACAGGCGAUGUUCGCAUUGGAGGCGAUCUAGAAAGCAUAGACCUCCGCAAUUGCGCUACCACACUGAAAUUGCCCAAAGACGAGGCAGAUUCGUUUGCUGGAGACUACAACUCGCUGAUCGACCCGUUGACGAUCCGGUUUGUGGCCGACGCGUAUCCGCUGACGAAAUCCAUGAAGAUCCCAAUCAACCACGAGAUGGGGCUGCGUAAGGACCCGGAAACAGGCGCCACUACGUUAUUCGACCUCAAACACGCUGUGGACAAGUACGUUGUUCUGGAGGCAGACAACGAAGAGAACGCAGAAAAGAAGAUCGUACAGGAUACACAGGUCCAAGAAGCGUACAAGUACGGGGCGUCGACAGUUCCGAUCACCUUGUCGUUGAAACAGCUGUUGAAGAUGAAUAGCUACGCCGGACUCGAUUUCCUGCAAUUUGUGGACCGGUCCACGAUUCCGCCGUGGUACUAUCAUGGAGAGGCUGAAAUACUGUUGAGCAACCAAAAUAGCACACUGCGCGACCAGUACGCGUUCAAUAUGCUCGCGCAGUCGAUGCUGGAACAGGAUUUGGUGGGGAUUGUGCGGUACGUUAAGAAAAACGGAGGGCCUGUCAAAUUGGCAGCCAUGAGUCCGUGUGUGCUUCUGACGGAGUCUACCAAGUACAGAGCGGGAGCCCGUGCAGGCGACAAGAGAACGGCGGACGAGAUCGAGUCCGAGGAGGAGUACUACGGGUUCUCCUUGGUGAUGCUCCCGUUUUCAGAGGAAGAGCGCGUUUCCACGUCUGUGAAGCUUGACGGAGUGUACGAUGGCAACUCAAACGACGACACUGCGAAAGAGAACUUCCCAACCGCGAAGAUGGUGCAUGAGAUGGACCAACUGGUUGAAAGUCUGGAUCUGGACCGGCUAGACAAUUGCGACACCGAAAACGUCCAUGAAUACAAGUACGUCGAAUUGAACCACGGCGAGCCGUUCCCGCUUCCGCACGGGAUCGGACUGGAUCUGCCGGCAGACGAGCGCGGGCUCAACAGCGUCACACGGCGGAUCCUCACCCAGAACGGUCCCAACCUGCACUAUGUGCCCCAGGUGCUACGAGAGAUUUAUGCGAGCCAGGUGAGGAAGGCAGAGUACAAGGUUGCGGAAACGAGAUACGAGACGCUGUUUGAGGUCACCAGCAAGGACCCUGCAGCGUUAAAAGCGCUCGUGGAGCAAACAGUGGGCCAGGAGACCGACUUUGCUCCGUCGUUUGAUGGAGUCGACACAGACCAAGUGGACGAGCUGUGCGAACGGCUGGCCAAACGGCUGGAGAUCGAGAUUGUUCCAGAGCCAAAGCCCAAGCGCGAGGACAGCCCGUCUGUGCCGGAUGUGGCCAAACCGUCCAUCGAUACGUUGCUCGCGAGCGUGCUCCCGAGCUGA